GGCAAAGGGAGUGAUUUACAUCUAUUUUCUCUCUUUAUUUCAGCAACUGGUGGGAUGGUGAAUGAGCACAAGGAAAAUAGUCUUCAACAAGAAGAUGCUGAGCAAAUAGAACCACCUGGCACAGUAUUAGAAAGAUCAAAAAGGGAUGUGUCCUGUAGUGGUGCACAGACAGAAGCCUGUCAGAAUCAGCACAGAGCAGAAAAAAAAUUUAGGAGUGGCUCUCACAUUAUUAGACAUGAAAAAAUCAGCCCAGAAGGGACACACUACACCUGCCUUGACUGUGGGAAAACCUUCAAACAUAAUUCAGUCUUUCUCAUACAUCAGCGAACCCACACGGGAGAGAAACCCUACACAUGCCCUGAGUGUGGGAAAGGCUUCAGCAGAAGCUCAAACCUUAUCAUACAUCACAGGAUCCACACCGGAGAGAGACCCUACACUUGCCCUGAGUGUGGGAAAAGCUUCAGCCGGACCUCAGAGCUUAUCAUCCACAGGAGAAUGCACACUGGGGAGAGACCCUACAUUUGCAGUGAGUGUGGGAAAAGCUUUACUCGGAGCUCAGAACUUAAUAAGCACCAGAGAAUCCACACUGGCGAGAGACCCUUCCAAUGCCAUGAGUGCGGGAAAGACUUCACCUAUAGCUCACAGCUUGUCACACAUCGAAGAAUCCACACUGGAGAGAGACCCUAUCCAUGCCCUGAGUGUGGGAAAGGCUUCACUUCUAGCUCACAGCUUGUCUCACAUCGGAGAAUCCACACUGGAGAGAGACCCUACUCAUGCCCUGAGUGUGGGAAAAGCUUCAGUUCUAACUCACAGCUUGUCUCACAUUGGAAAACCCACACAGGAGAGAGAUCUUACUCAUGCCCAGUGUGUGGGAAAAGCUUCAGUCAUAGUUCACAGCUUGCUACACAUCAGCGAACCCACACAGGAGAGAGACCAUACAUAUGCCCUGAGUGUGGGAAAAGCUUCAGCCGAAGCUCAAACCUCAUCACACACCACAGAACCCACACCGGGGAGAGACCCUACGCUUGCCUGGAAUGCGGGAAGAGCUUUAGCCGGAGCUCAGAGCUUAUCAGACAUCACAGAAUCCAUACAGGGGAGAGACCCUACAUAUGUCUUGAAUGUGGGAAAGGCUUCACUCGCAGCUCAGAUCUUAGUAAGCACCAGAGAAUCCACACUGGAGAGAGACCCUACCGAUGCCCUGAGUGUGGGAAAGGUUUUCGCUAUAGCUCACAUCUUGUCUCACAUCGUAGAAUCCACACAGGGGAGAGACCCUACUCAUGCCCUGUGUGUGGGAAGGGCUUCAGUGAUAGUUCACAGAUGAUCACACAUCAGAGAAGCCACACGGGGGAGACACCCUACAUGUGCCCCGAGUGUGGGAAGAGCUUCAGUUGGCACUCAAACCUUAUCACACAUCAGAGAAUCCACACUGGAGAGAGACCUUACACAUGCCCUGAGUGUGGGAAAAGCUUCAGUCGGAGCUCAAACCUUGCCACGCAUCACAGGAUCCACACUGGGGAGAUGCCCUAUGCUUGUCCUGAGUGCGGGAAAAGCUUCAGCCGGAGCUCUGAGCUUAUCAUCCACAGGAGAACCCACACCGGGGAGAGACCCUACGCUUGCUGUGAGUGCGGAAAACGCUUCAUUCGGAGCUCAGAGCUUGUCAUACACCAGAGAAUCCACACUGGAGAAAGACCCUACCGAUGCCCUGAGUGCAGGAAAGGCUUCAGUUCUAGUUCACAGCUUGUCUCGCAUCAGAAAACCCAUAUAGGAGAGUGACACUAUAAUUGUGUUCAGUGGGGCUGCCCCAAGGUGUUUUUUUUAAUGCAUUGGCUAAUUCCCAUAUAGCAGUCUUUAAGGGUUUUUUUGCACCAUUUCCUUUAAUGUAGUCUCAGGUUCCCUGGGUGAGUUGCCGCCUUUUGCUGCUUACCUUACUCUGGAGUGAGUCUUGUGAUCCUUUCUAUCUACGGGUAUGUCUACACUACAAAGUUAAUGCGAACUAACAGACGUUAGUUCGCAUUAACUUUGAUAGGCGCUACACAUGCAAACCGC